AUGGCAACAGACAUGGCUGCAACCAUAGCGGCCGAUGUAGCGACAUCUUCGAUUGCUGCUGGACUCGGAUGCGUGAUCCUGUCCGAGUCCAGCUUCUCGGCCACGCCGACGGACGAUUCUUCCAAUGCCGCUUCUCUGAGCUCGACACCGCCCACCACGUGUACUCCCGACAGCAUGUCUCUGGCUUCCGAACCCGACGCCACCAAGCCGGCGAGCAUGGCCGACGCGACGAUCGAAGCUGUCAUUCCUAUUCUCGAAAAUGAAGCUGCCGCCGACGAUGAUCACCACCAGCAGCAGCAGCAGCACCAGCCAGGCGAAGCGAGCCCGGUGCGACAGGCCAUAGUGGUGGCCGAACCGCUCCCUUCGACCGAGUCCCUGUCCACUGCUCGCCCACGACGCGCCCGUGCCAGUUUACCGGUCUACAAUCUGUCGCAGUUGAGUGGCAGCGACAAGCGAAGGCGACGCGUCGCGGGGCAAGGUGUGCAAGAAAACCGGCGCAGGACCAUUGCUGGGGACGCCGGUAGCGAGGCGGAUGCACACAGGUCGACAGCCAUUGACGUGCUGGCGCUCAGCGGCUCCGUCUCGGGCUCCAACACCCCCAAAGGUGCUAGAAUCUCUUCGAAAACGAAACCGAUCCCGGUCCAGGCGCCGAUUGUCACCCGAAGGGCUACGCGUCAGUCCGGUGCGCCUGUGGAGACUUUGGCCACGAAGGUGGCGGCAUUGGGGAGAAAGGGCAGAAAGUCGGCCCAGAGCCUGGGGCGCAUUUCGCGCGAGCUGAUGCGCCUGCAGGAUACCAACGAGUUUGCGCAUAUUGACACCCGGCCGGUCAAGUACACGGUCUGGAGCAAUGGCAAGUAUGUCGACGUGGAUCCUGCCGCUGAGCCACCCCGCAAGAAGACCAAGGUGGACGGGAAACCCAAGACCGAGACGAGCGAGGAGCGCGCGACCACGGAGCCGUCCGAGCCCGUCCGGCCUCCCGUCAAGCAGCGUCGCGUCAAGCAAUGGCACAGGAAGGGCCUGUACGCGGGACAAGAAACACCCACCGAUAUCACCCAGGGCUUGACAACCCAAGAGAAGAAGCAGCUGGCUCAGAUCCCAGAGCUUUUGAAGCCCGUCAAGGCCAACAAGACGCUUCCUCUGCCCAUGUACAACGGCCUCCGCAUGCUCAUCCACGGGCGCGACUUCAAACUGCCCUUUGAUGUGUGCAACCCCCUUCCUCCAGGGCAACCAAAGCCACCGGCGUACCGGACCAUCGCGAAGAAUCGGUUUGUUGGCGAUGCGGCGGCGUACUGGAAAAAGUCGCCCCAUUUCGAGGAUUUCUCGUCCAAAUGCGUCUGCAAGCCCGAAGAUGGCUGCGCCGAGGAUUGCCAGAACCGCAUCAUGCUCUACGAGUGUGACGACACCAACUGCAACGCCGGCAGAGAAUUCUGUCAAAACCGUGCCUUCCAAGAUCUCCAGGAGCGGACCAAGAAGGGCGGCCGGUUCCGCGUAGGUGUCGAGGUUCUCAAGACCUCGGAUCGUGGCUACGGCGUCCGGAGCACCAGGUGCUUUGAGCCCAACCAGAUCAUCAUGGAGUACACUGGUGAGAUCAUCACCGAGGAGGAGUGCGAGCGUCGGAUGAACGAAAAGUACAAGGACAACGAGUGCUACUAUCUCAUGUCGUUCGACCAAAACAUGAUCAUCGAUGCUACCACUGGCAGCAUGGCUCGGUUCGUGAACCACUCGUGCUCACCUAACUGCCGGAUGAUAAAAUGGAUCGUCUCGGGCCAGCCCCGCAUGGCUCUCUUUGCCGGCGACAAGCCCAUCAUGACGGGCGAUGAGCUCACGUACGACUACAACUUUGACCCCUUCUCCGCUAAGAACGUGCAGAAGUGCCUGUGUGGUAGCGCGAACUGCAGAGGCGUGCUGGGUCCCAAGCCGAAGGAGGUCAAGCCGCCAAGGCCGCCAAAGCCGGCGAAGCAGGAGAAGAAGACGGCCAGAGGCUCGAUCAAGGCCGGCAAGCGGAAGCUCAAGGAGCUUUUGGUCGGAGCCGAGGAUGAGGCGAGCGGUGGGAACGCUGCUAAGAAACGCAAGGUUCAACCUGCGGCCGGGGUGAAGAAAACGCUCACGGCCGCCGCCAAAGGUGCUGCAAAGACCGCGGCUGCCAAAGGAAAAGGUCUUGCAAGGGGCGUUUCCAAGUCGGCUUCCACGGCUAUCAAAAGGAGCGUUUCGGGCACAAUCUCUCUCGGGGCGAGCGCGCUCAAGUCCACCAAGGGAGCCGGGCUGAAGAAGACGACCACGACAACUCAGCGAAAGGUGACGAGCGUGGGUCUGACCAAGACGUUUGGGAAGAGGGGCGUCAAGACCACGGCCACGACGAAGGUCAAGCUCUCGGCUAAGAGCACGAGCAGCAAGGCUACCAUCGUGGCUGCUGGUCCGAAGCCAACCCCCAAGAAACCGGCUUCGGCCGCCUCGGCGAGGAAGCGCACGCCAUCGAGGAAGGCGCUUGAAGCCAGCACCCCCGACGCGGGUAAUACCCCUGUCAAGGGCACGUCUGCUUCUUCAGACGUGAAGGCGAAGGUCGCCACGACGACCACGACGACGACUGCGGCAGUGAAGCUCAAGCAGACGAAGAUCAAGUUCGUUUCGAAAGCAAACGCUGUUGCUGCUGAGUAG